AAGAAAUAUUGAGCGUUUUAGUUUUAGAGUAGUUUCUCUCUCUCAUUCCAUUUUUCGAUCUUACAGUCCCAUUCGUCACUCGGCCAUUGCGGCUAGGGUUUUUCCUCUAUCAAUUCAUAACUCUGUUUUCAAUUUCUACCAUUAACCCGAUUUUGUUUUCUACAGAUCCGUUCCAUCUUUGGGUUACAGAUUCAUGGAGUUCUUGUUAAGGUAGGGUUUCGUGGUCGCCUUUCGCGGAGAGGAUUUUACUUUGAGCUUUUCGGGUAUUAUUGGUUUAAGAUAGUUCGGAAAUGGCGACCAUGAAUCCCUUUGAUUUGUUGGGAGAUGAUGACGCCGAGGACCCAUCGCAGCUAAUUGCGGCUAAGCAGGUGGCGCCGCCGCCGCUUAAGAAAGGGUCCGAUCAUGGUCUCGCCAAACAAGCGCCUGCCGCACCUAAACACAACAAGCCUGCUAAUCUUCCUUCCAAGCCUCUUCCACCUGCGCAGGCUGUAAGGGAAGCAAAGAAUGAUGGUGGUCGUGGAGGGCGUGGCAGUCGGCGUGGUGGAGGGGGACGUGGAUAUGGACGAGGCCGUAGCAGUGGUGGCUUCAAUCGUGACUCUGCCAGUAAUGACUACUCAUUUAGUAGUCCCCCUGAAGAUGGAGAGACUGGAAGGACAACUGAAAGGCAUGGAUAUGGUGGACCUCGUGGACGUGGUGGGCGUCGUGGUGGUUUCAACAAUGGAGAGGUUGCAGAUGGGGAGUACCCUCGUGGUGGAUUUGAACGCCACAGUGGAACUGGGCGUGGAAAUGAAUUCAAACGUGAAGGGGCUGGGCGUGGCAACUGGGGAAGGCAAAAUGAUGAAUUUUCUGAGGUAGCAGAGGAAGUUGUAAAUGAAACUGAGAAGAAGGUAGGUGAUGAGAAGCCAGUUCAUGAGGAUGAUACUGCAGGUGUCAACACAGAGAACUCUGCUAAAGAAUCGGAGGAAAAAGAACCAGAAGAUAAGGAAAUGACUCUGGAGGAGUAUGAAAAAUUGAGGGAGGAGAAAAGGAAGGCCCUUCUGGCUCUGAAAACUACUGAGGAAAGGAAGGUGGAUGCUAAAGAAUUUGCAUCCAUGCAACAAAUUUCAAGCAAAAAGGACAACAAUGACAUUUUUAUUAAAUUGGGAUCUGAUAAGGAUAAGCGAAAAGAAAUUACAGAUACGGAGAGAACUAAGAAGUCUCUGAGUAUUAAUGAGUUCUUGAAGCCUGCCGAAGGAGAGAGGCACUACACUCCAGGUGGCCGGGGUAGGGGCCGAGGCCGUGGUUCAAGGGGAGGUUAUGUUGGCAGCUCAAUGAGCAGCAAUGUUGCCGCCCCAUCGAUCGAGGACCCGGGGCAGUUCCCUACCUUAGGAGGUGCGAAGUGAGUUUCUGAAUAAAUUGCCCUCAAAAGGUAUGUUUUCUGGUUUUGGGCGCAUAUUUCUAUUUGGUGAUGUGGGGCAAGAAGUUGACUAGAAUAAUAGAAUUUUCCUUCCCUGUAUCAGAAAAAAGAUAAGUUUAUUUGUUUAAAUGUAAAUUGUCAAAGCCUUGUAUUUUUCCUUGUCCAUUUUCCAUUCUGUGUUUUCAGACGUGCCAUAUCAAACUAUUUUCCCAUUUAUCUAUGACAUUUACCCUAUAGCAUAUUGUCUUUUUCU